CUGUUUCACAUUCUGCUAAUACUAGCUGACCAAGUUGUCCAAGCUUUUUUUUGUGAUAAAGACAAUUAUUUAUUAACCAAGGCCAAUGGGUCGUUACAAAGCUCUGUGGAAGCCGGGCAAUGACCAUUCAUUUGAAUCAGGUGUGCUGGAGCAGGAAACACCUAAAACAUGCAGGACAGUGGCCCUCGAGGACGAGGAUUGGACACCCCUGUUUAGUUAAAGAGGGAAUUUGCUAGGAAGGUUUGGUUGUAGUUAGUGUCUGAACUGGUGGUGGCCUGACAGGACGAGUAUGAAGACCUGAAGACACACUUCUUCCAAGAUGAAGUGGUCCAGGAGGAAUUGGAGAAAGUCCGCUUUAAGAACAUAAAAGAAACCAUCUGGCUAUGCUGGCCAUAGGGACGCACCUUCACAGUGUUUCACAUGGUUAUCAACUUAUCAACAGUAGGGUUUUCCUGGAUCAAAAUUACGUUAAGGUGUUAACUGCUGCGCGCAUGUGAAAUAUCGCUAUAAGCCGUAUCUCAAGGAAACACCGGAUUGUAAUGCUGGACAAAGAAAUGGGUAACAGUACUUUACCUCACAAUGAAUAUUCACCUACAAUACGUAGCUUGUUUGUAUCCACCAUGUGGGUGUGUAGGUCUGAACUCCACUGAUCCAGCGUUCAUGCAUCGUGGCAGGGCCAAAGUCCUGGUCCCCCUCCCUGUACCCAGCGACUCUGAAGAAAAGGAGGAGUGGACCCCUCGGAUGGAGAGACACCCUCCAGGUAAGGAUACUGCUGUUUUAGUACUAUUGUAUAACUGUAGUAGUACUAAUCCUACACCACUGUAGUCCUGCUGUAAGUAUUGUGUUACACCAAUAGUGUGUCCACAUACAGAAUAGUUAACUGUUGUAGCUUUUAUAGUACUUGAGUAGUAUGUAGUAAUACUAACCCUACAUGACUGAAGUACAAACACAGCCCCAUCAUCACCACCUCAGAAUACUUCUGAAGGAAUCAGAGAGUAACUGUUUGACUGUAAUGUCAUAAAGGAAUGUUUCAAUGUUCUGUUGUGUGUGUUCUGAGCCACACGGACCUCCAGACCCCCUCCUAGGAGACCAGCUGCACCCCAGAGAGCUGCUCCCAAACACACACCUGCACCACAGGUAUCCGUCUAUCACUCUCUGUCUUUCUCUCUCUCCAUCACUCCCCCAACCCACAAUUGGUGAGGUAGCGGAACCCAGCAAGGGGGCCAGAGCCCUCUGGAAGAGAUGCUGAGUGAGGAAGGAUAUGACCUUCCUCAGAGACGCUAGCCCCCCAACACAUGCUCUCCCUGACAACAGAGGGCCAGAGCACCGGUAGGGGGGGCACUCAGGAAGCGGGGGCGGGAGGCCCAGAGGCCCCCCAGGAGAGAUGUGAUCUGUCAACUUCAGGCCUGUCUAAAGCAGAGUGUGUAAGGAGGAGCAGGGCAACAGAGAAGAUCAAGUUCUCCAGAACCAUGGACAUGGAAAAGGCCAGACAUCACCACUGUGACCAGUGUGGGAAGAGCUUCAGUAAUUCAGAAACCUUAAAGAAACACCAGGGUGUUCACUCAGGAGAGAAGCCGUACCACUGUGACCAGUGUGGGAAGAGCUUCAAUCAGUCAGGUCAUUUAGAGAGACACCAGCGUGUGCACUCAGGAGAGAAGCCGUACCACUGUGACCAGUGUGGGAAGAGCUUCAGUCACUCAGGAAGCUUAAAGACACACCAGCGUGUUCACACAGGAGAGAAGCCGUACCACUGUGACGAGUGUGGGAAGAGCUUCAGUUGGUCAGGAAACUUAGAGACACACCAGGGUGUUCACCAGUUCUGAACUUGAUCCUCAAGAAAAGGCAAAAGCUUAUCUAAAAGCCAUGGAUAUGAUUCUCUAACUGGAAGUGUGAACACCAUCUCUUUUUCUGACCUCUCAAGAUAACCAUGACAAGUGAUUCAGUCAAUGCAUGUAUUAUAUAAUAACACCGUCAUAACAAUGUUUGGUUGUGGACUACCUUUGUGGGUGCUGAGGAUUGUUGGUGAUAUUUCCUCAAUAUUUUCUGUGGAACACAAUUUUUGUUUCUAUUGUACGAUCUCAACAUCAUCCAUGUUUUCGGUAUGAGAGUACUGUAGUUGUGCAGUAUGUUUCCUUAUGGAUUGUAUCCAUAUAUAAUAUUCAUAGACACAUGUUGUGCUGUCUUAGUUGGUUCUUUUAUUUUGUAAAUCAGCAUACCCUGCUGGUGGUUUUGUACAGUUCGUUUAGGUCAUGUGACUUGAUCUAACUGUAGUUGAGAGCAUAAUCGGCAGGCAUGCCUCAGUAGGUAUAUGUAUUUUCAUAAUUUUAGAGAUAUUUGAAAUGUUUGUGUGUAGAUAAAAUGUGGAUGGCGUAUUAAUGUUAGCAGCAUGUUCUGGCUCUAGCUUGUUCAGAUAAAGCAUUGUAGGAAUACUAAUAAUGUUUACCAGUAGCCUAUAAUUUUAUAUCAUGUGUGUUAUACUCACUUUGUACUUACCAUAAUGGGAAUUUGGACAUUGAUUAUGUUUUAUCUUUCUGUCGUUUUUACUUAACUGAUAGUUGCUACAUUAAAG